AUGGAGGCACGCGCCACCUCGGCGGUGUACGUGCCCUUGCUGCUGGCGGCUGCCGGGCUUCUGGACCCACGCGAAGGGGCGCAGUGGAGAGAGCACCGCCUCACGCAGGCUUGGUGGCAGCCGACGGUCGAGACGCUGCGGCUUGCUGAACCUGUGCCAACGGGGCCCUUCCUCCAGAUGCUCGCGUACACCGACGCCCAGCACGGGGAAGUACCAGCAGUGCUCGCUGCAGACGGAGGAGAACGCCCAGAGCAUUUAUCUUUCGCGCCAGUCGUCCAGGCCGUGGCGCACAGCAGCACGGGCUACAAACAGCCGCUGGUGCAAGACCUCAUCCUCGAAGCGUUCGGCGGCCUGGUGCUCGCGAGGGGCGUGGGCGCGCGCGCGGACGAACUGCGCAGCCCCGCGGCGUGGGCGGCGGCCGCGGCGGCCGAGCCGCGCCCGCCCCUGCCGCCGCCGCAGGCGCCCCCAAGGGCAGAGAGAGAGGCGCUGGACGGGGCGGACUUGCAGGCAGCUCUGAGGCAGCGGGUGGCCACACUGCGGAGCGCGCCAGCAUUCCUCCGAGGGCCCCUGCGUAACGCGCUGCGCAAAGCGCUUAGGGAGAUCCACGCAGGGGAGGCCAACGAAGCACGCCAGCUCCGAGGCUGGAAGCUCCUCUUCCUGAUCCCACGCAUGCUGCUGAGCAAGGACCCCGGCGCCCGAACGGUGCCCAAAGAACAGCUGAUGGAACGGUUUGCCCGAUUCGAGGCGGGCGACUGGGCGCCCCUGCUAGCCUUCCCCAGCCCGAAGGCGUCGCGGAGGAGACCGCGGGCGGCCGCCGGCAGGAGCGACGAGGAGCUUUCCCAGUGCUGCGCGAGGGCGCACGCCUUGGCACAGCAAGGCGAAGUCUCGGCGGCGCGCCAGGCCCUCACGGCCAGCGCGAUCGCGCCAGGAACCGAGGCCACGCUUGCGGAGCUGCGGGGCCCAGCGCGACGGCUCGCCGAACCGCGGGGGCCGCUGAGAGCGGACCUGGCAGCGUUGGCCCUGGAGCCCCUCUUCCUCGAGUCCGACGAGCUCCUCCGCAACCUCCGCGGCUGCCGCAGGGGCGCCGCCCCAGGCCCGUCGGGCUUGGCCGGCGAGCACCUGCACUGCGGCAUCGGAGUCAACAUGGGCAAGACGAAGACCGCCUGGCUGCUCCUGAGCAUGUGCGCCAACCCGCGGGCCAAUUUCUAUUUGCGCACCAUGGCACGGGAGGGCGCGCUCGAGUUCGCGGUGGCCGACGACGAGCACAUGGCGCAGGCGCGAUCAAGACCGUCAGACUAA